UUCUUUGGUGUUGAAGACAAAAAACACUUGUAAUCUCCGUCAUCACUGUAACAAAACCCAUAAAUCCAACAUUUGAAUGCAACAUUUGUUUCACCAUUCUCGUAUUCUCCACAACCCUUCUUCUUUUUCCAUCUCUACAAUGUCUUCUUCUCUCACUCUUCCCUCUUUUUCCCCUAUCUUCUUACCACAACGAACCCACACUCUUAAAAACCAUAAUUUCCCUAAAUCUAGGGUUUUCGCUACCAUCUCCACUGGAUCUCAAUCUUCCAUCCAUGAAGCUUCUGUAGCUGAUUAUAAAGUCUCCAAUGCAUUUCUCUUCCCUGGGCAGGGUGCACAAGCUGUUGGAAUGGGAAAAGAAGCUCAAAGUGUUCCUGCUGCUGCACUUUUGUACAAGAAAGCCAAUGAGAUUUUGGGGUUUGAUCUUCUUGAUGUAUGCAUUAAUGGGCCAAAGGAAAAACUGAAUUCAACAGUUAUUAGUCAGCCUGCCCUGUAUGUCACAAGUCUUGCUGCUGUUGAGCUACUUCGGGCACGUGAGGGAGGUGAGCAGAUUAUUGAUUCUGUUGAUGUUACAUGCGGUUUGAGCCUGGGAGAAUAUACUGCUCUGGCAUUUGCUGGGGCUUUCAGCUUUGAAGAUGGACUGAAAUUGGUGAAACUGAGGGGUGAAGCCAUGCAGGAUGCUUCUGAUGCUGUUAAAAGUGCCAUGGUUAGUGUGGUAGGAUUGGACUCAGAAAAAGUCCAGCAGUUGUGUGAUGCAGCGAAUCAGGAAGUGCCUGAAGCUGAGAAGGUUCAGAUUGCCAAUUACCUAUGUCCAGGAAACUAUGCUGUCUCUGGAGGCAUAAAAGGAAUAGAAGCGGUGGAAGCCAAAGCAAAGUCUUUCAAGGCUCGAAUGACUGUGCGCUUAGCUGUUGCGGGAGCUUUCCAUACUAGUUUUAUGGAACCUGCCGUGUCAAGAUUGGAAGCUGCAUUGGCAUCGACAGACAUUAGAACCCCAAGAAUACCAGUCAUUUCCAAUGUGAAUGCUCUGCCGCACACAGAUCCUGACACAAUAAAGAGGAUAUUGGCACGACAGGUUACUUCCCCUGUUCAAUGGGAAACAACUGUGAAGACUCUUCUAUCCAAGGGGCUGAAGAAAGGCUAUGAAUUGGGACCUGGAAAGGUUAUUGCUGGAAUUGUCAAAAGAAUGGACAAAGGUGCUGAGAUUGAAAACAUAGGUGCUUAAAAAGUUUGCAAUACCUUGCUACUUGUGUGGCUUCCAAUGCAAACAACUACAAUAUUGCAUCUCUUUUUUCACGAGAAAAUGUGUGAGACCCUAAAUCAAAGAGAAACACGGAACUUGAAACGUCUGUGCAAAGAGCAACUUCGGUCAGAUUUGAAGUUAAAAAAGCUUAAUCCACCAAUCGGUUCUAUUUUGAACAAGUUAGAUUAGUGUUUGUUAUUGUCGCAUAGAAUUUUAUUUCAUUUAUAUAAUUUUAUACUCUUGUAUAAUGUUGUACUCUAAUCUCUGUACCAAUAAAUUUUAGAUGAAAUAAUUGUUGGUUGAAAAUUUGAAAUGGCAAUGGUGAAUACUUAUUUUAAGUACAAUUAAA